GUCCUACUUAGAACAUGGUUUGGUGAUACCGUAAUACAAGCCCACCGAAAUUGGCCAUGGAGAGAGGAUGAACAAAUACAACUCACUUUCUCCACCACCACCGUCGCUCCUUCCAAAAGAGAGAGAAAAUUAACAUUAUUAUUAUUUAACACCACCCAUUCUUGCACUUUACAACAACAAAAACUAAGUUAAAAAAGAGAGAAAAUUAGAGAAAUGGGAUUUUUAAGUUCAAUUAUAGAUCAAAAUAACAGUACAAAGAUGUCAUCUUUCUUGAUUCCUGCUCCUCUUGAAGCCAAGAAAUCUCGUGAUGAUUGCACUCGAGAGGGAGCUAUAGCAGGAGCUAAAGCGGCAGCAAUUGCUGGUGUUGUUACCGCUGUUCCCACUCUAGUUGGUUGCCGUGUCAUUCCAUGGGCGAAGUCCAACCUUAACUAUACUGCUCAAGCUCUCAUCAUUUCUGGAGCAUCCAUUGCUGCGUACUUCAUUACUGCUGAUAAAACUAUACUGGAGUGUGCACGAAGAAAUGCAGAAUAUAGUAAAAGAGCUUGAGUUACAAGAUUGAAUCAGAUGCUGUAUGUGCAAAAAUUCUUGCAUGAAGUGAUCUGAUCAACAUGCUUGUGAUGUUAUGAUGGCACACUACCAUCAAGCCAGAUAUUUAUGGUGAUGAACAAUUUUGGGAUUCCAAUUCCCGAUUUGUUGUAAAGUUUAAGUUGAAUAAGAAAUAGAAUAGUCUUUUGAUACUAUCCAAGUAUCCCUUAGGCUUUUUUGCAAUGCCUUCUAUUUUUGCUGGGAUGGCCACUGUAAUUGUAAUUUAUUUUGACAAUCAGAAGCAUGUACACGCAAAUCAUGAUCACUCAAGACAUGAUGUAAUUUCAAUGUAAUUCUUCCUGGAACUUUUUGAAAUUUUGUGAAUGCUACAAUUUAGGUGCAUUGCUAUCCUAAUUACCUUUCUUUAGA